CAAAUUCUUAAUAAUGUCCCGUGGUUAAUUAGUAAUGAAAUUUACUUGUUGCUUGAAUUAAAAAAUAUUCAUCUCUGUGAUGGUCUUUUACUUUCAACAAUUGCUUUUAUACACAAUUUCUUUUAUAGAUUUUAAACCCUCAGUCAGUUAUUAACAACAUGACAAACCCACUGUCGUAUCAAGGUCACCAGUUCUUAUUAGACAUUCGUCACAAUGUGGAUGGAAAUCAACGCUACCGUUGCUCGCAAUUUAACAACAUUCGUCGAUGCCCUGUCAAAUUGUGGUGUUUGUCAAAUGGGCGUAUGUUACAAAUUGGGGAACAUAAUCAUCUGGUGCAAGUGCAAGCUCCUCUUCAUAUUCGAGGAAGGUCCCGUCCCAGAGUCCCACCCGGUAAUCGACGGGUUACUCAUCGUCAAUUACUGCCCCAGAUACCUUUAACCUUCGAGGGACUGGAAGGGAUUUUUUUGACGGUACAAGCGGCUGAUAAUUUUUACCAAGGCCACGUGAAGGACAAUGCUUCAAUGGCUUACUUAUUUAGUAACGCUGACUGUAUGAGGCAACUUGGUGAAGCUGCCGAGUGGCACAUUCAAAUGAAUUUUCAGUGCGUACCACUUAUUCCGCAGAGUAGUUUUUUGCUAACUAUUUUAUUGCGAAGAGAAAUUUUGGGUGUUCCUGCUUUCUAUGCAAUAUGCAAUGAAAACACAUCAAAGCUGUUCGGCUUGAUAUGGGAGUGGAUCCUACAAAAGAUCCUAGGCAUCGCUAAUAAUCUAAAGUAUAUCAUUUGUGACCUGGAUGAAUCGAUUCUAUCAUCGGCACGCUUAUGGCUGCCAUUUGCAGACCGCCGAGGCUCGUGGGUAAAUUCAGCCCGAGCUCUGACGGAUAAAUGGCGCUCACUCCAGCUGCCGAAUCGCGAUAAACCAACCAGCAUCUUACUAAACUUGGCGUGGGCACUUCCAUUUGUACCAAAAGAGAGUUUGAAUGAAGCAAUACGCAUCUUGUCCGAUAUGCUCGAUGCCAAUGUUCACAAUGUACCGAAUUUCAGUAUAUUUCGGCAGUUCCUCACGACAGAUUUAGCACCGGUGGCGACUCAUGUUUCGAUUUGGGAUAUGCCGUGGAAGGCUGUAAGUUUCACCGAAACCUACCACCGGAAGCUACUUCAUCAUCUCGGAGAAGAGCAUUCGACGGUAUUUCAUUUAAUUACAAAGCUUUCAACUUUGAUCGGGAUUGAAUUUAAUUGUAAUUGGAGUCCACGAGCUAGAAGAGGAAAUUAUGGCAAUUACUUCAACGAAACAGCGAUAGUUUUGUCUAAUCGCCUGAUUGGUGGGCAAUGCUCUCUUUUGGAUUACAUGAAAAUAAUCGGGUUUACCCGAGCUGAGGUUCGUUCGACGUUGGACGUCGCUGUAGAUAGGCAAAGAUAUCUUUAUCAUAAUUUGUCUGUCUACGAAAGUCGGUUUGAUCUUUUGGGUGGUAGAGACCGAAUCGUGCCAGUGCCGGAGCCUAUUGACGAAAGUGCGCCGUUGGAAACAGGACAAGGACUUCCAUCCGAAGCAGAAGAACCUAUAGCGGAACUCGUAGCUGAAACCGUAGAGGAACCGGAAGUACAACCUGAAGCAAGACCCGGAGCAGCAGAAUCCUUCGCACAAGAUGAAGAUUACUUCCGUGGAGAAAUGCAGUUAUUCGAUGAACCGGAUCAAGCUCCGUGGAUCAAUUCUUCCACAGAACAUUUAAUCUUUAAUGAUCAAGUAGCUGCAAAUUUCUCGGUGGCCUGUCUUGCCUGCAGGAUUAAUCAGCCAAAGGCUGCAUUCAGCCCGUGCGGGCAUCAUUGCCUCUGCUUAGAAUGCAAGUUUAAAAUCGAAGCGGCGGCGGAACGCGAUAACGCUCACCGACCGUCCUUCACAAUCCCGUGUUUUCUUUGUCGUGAGGCCAGUACUUCUAUUAUUGUCAUUGUACAAUAGCUUCUAUAUAUUACAUUUUUUGUCAUAAAAUUUUUUUUUUAAUAACGUCUAAAAGUUGCGUUUCUUAGUGCCUUAUUUCAAAAUCAGCCUGCAAUAAAAGGCGCUCAAUGUUAUGCAUGCUAUGCAUGCCUAGUGAAUCAAAC